ACCUGCCUUCCGCUCUUGGUCUUGUGAGCCUCGAUUGGACAACGAGUAGAACCAGAGGAACGACGGCGACGAGCAGCAGCAACGCCGACGACACCGACGACGACCAGUGACGAACAAGGGCCGACGCUGACAGACGACACCCCCCCCCCCCCCCCCAUCACUCUGACCAAGUUAAACCACACGCCCAAACAAACCCCCCCUUCCCCCCCCCGCAUGGACCUGUGAGGAGCAAGCAAGCCGCAGCGUGACAUUCCCCCUAGCUAAACCCACAUCGCGCCGCCGCAACAACACUACUACACCUUCCCUCGUCGUGUAAACUCGCCAUCUCAUCAUUCUACUCAUCAAUAUAUAUAAUAAUACAUAGACAUCACACAACACUCCCCCCCCCACACACACACACAACGCCAUGUCCCGCCUCCCACAGCUGUCCACACCAGGACGCCCGCUGCAGACAUCGCCAGGCGGGACCCCAGCCGGGUCUGGCAUCCCCACGCCUUCAAUGCGCCGACCGCGAUCUUCCCUCGGACCAGGGGCACCCGUCGCCGCAAAGCCAGAUGCAGCAGAAAUGGACCAGGCACUCAAAGACGUCCUCCGACGCCGUCCACCCUCAAGCUUGGGACGCUCAGACGACCCCGACACGCCGACCCAGCCUUCCUCUGCCGCCUCUACCGCCGCCGAGUACACGACCCCCGGACGAUCACUGCAGGCCCCACGGACACCGGCCUUUAGGCCACGGACACCCUCGGCCGCCAUGGCGACACCGACGGCAGCGUCAAGACCAGGGUCACGCCCGUCACUUGCCGCGCCUCGCGCCUCGCUGAUUGGCUCGACAUCGACGCCAUCGCGCCGCUCGUCCAUGUCGACCUCGACGACAUCGGCCGUAGCCACCCCGUUCAGGCGGCCCGAGUCGCGCGCCAGCAUCACGGCGGAACCCAAAUGGUCGCCCCAGGUGGGCGAUCGCGUCCGGCUUCCCUCGCACGGCUACGAAGGGACCCUGCGGUAUCUCGGUCCCACCCAUAUCCGAGACGGCAUCUGGGCUGGUGUCGAGCUGGAAGGCGGGUUCCAAGGCAAGGGGCGCAACGAUGGCUCUGUGGACGGCGUCAAGUACUUUGAGUGCGCGCCGAUGUGUGGUAUCUUUGCACUCGCAGACAAGCUCUCACCGCCGACAUCGGAGCGCGCCGCUCCGUCCAGACCCGCGUCUGUUGCAUCGCAGCGUUCCCUCACGUCGUCGUAUUCUGCAUCGGGGCGUGUCACACCAGCCGGAAGGAGGGCAGUCACGCCCAGUUUUGGCUCGCGUUCAGUGUCUGGGCGGCCAAAGACGGACGACGACCCGAGCUUGACGCCGACGGCCGAGCGCCGAACCCAGCCACUGGGCAACAGCACCGUGUCGAAUGCGGCGCGUGCCGAGGCCAAGAUCACCGCGGGAUCGAGGGCAAGCAAGUACUUGGGCAUGACGGCCAAGCAAUUAGAGGCGCGAACAGGCGUUCCGCCAGCGGCAGCUACCCCGGCCAAGAGCCUGACGGCUAGCACGACGACACCACGAGCGUCCAAAAUUGGCAUCGGUGGUGUCACGCCUGCGCGUGGACGGCCUAGCAUUGGCGGUUUAACUACCCCGAAGCCCCGCGCUCCGAGGAUGAGCUCUGCGACGGAAAUGAUGCCACCGCCUCCCAGCCCCCAGGCGAAGCAGCAGAGCCACGCUGCGGCCGAGCUGGAGCGAGAACUCGACGAGCUCCGUCGGAAGAACGCCGAGCUCGAGGAGCAGCUGGGCAAUGCCGAUGCCCUUGCCGAGGCGCAGCGCCAGGACGCCGAGGAGCUCCGCCUCGACCUGGAGCGCGUUCGAGGCGAGGCCGAGGCUCUCGAGGUGCAGCUUGCGACCACCAACUCGUCUGCCACCGAACACCGCCAGCGUGCCGACGAGCUCAACCAGAGCGGCGACAAGCUCAAGGAAGAACUCGAGGCCAAGAUCAAGGAGCUCACCGAGGUGCAGCGUGAGAUGCAGCUGGCUGCCGAGCGCGCCUCUGGCGAGCUCGAGGCCGGUAUCGAGGCUAAGCGUGUCGAGGUGCGCAAGGUCGAGGAGCGUGCCGAGGCUGCCGAAUUUGAGGCUGCUGAGAUGAAACGUUUAGUGGAUGAGUUGACCCUCGCGGGUAACCAAAUCAUCGAGCUCAACGAGAGCAAGCAGUUCACGUUCGAGUGCCAGAUCCGUGACCUCCAGGAGAGCCUCUCAAGGAAGGACGAGGAGAUUGAGACGCUCAAGAAGGCCGAUGCGGCGGCUUCCGCCGACAAGCCCUCUUCUCCUCGUGCUGCGACUGCCGCCGAGAUCGACAACGAGACCCUCACUGCCCAGGUCAAGCACCUCCAGAACCGCAUCGUGUCGCUCGAGGAACAGAUCGACGAGGCCCGCAGCCAGGCUGAAUCCGACUCGAGCGCUUGGCAGGCAAAGUACAACAAGACGCGCGACAAUGAGCGUUCGGGCGCCGACGACCUCGCUGCGUCCAAGGCCGAAGUCGCGAGGCUGAACAAGGAGGCUGAGGGUGCCACUGCGCGCAUCGCCGAGCUCCAGGGUGCCGUCAAGGAGAACCAGUCGGCUCUCGAGGCUGCGCGGGCCGACAUUGAGGCGUUACGCGGCGAGGCUACCGAGGCGGAGUCGCUGCGCAUCUCUGCCCAGCAGGAGAACAAGAUUAGCGAGCUGCAGGCCAAGGUUGUCCAGCUGUCUGGACACGAAGUCAGAGCGCGCGACCUCGAGAACAAGAUGUCGUCGCUGGUCAGCGAGAUUGCCAAGCUCAAGAGCCACAACACCAAGACGGUCGACGACUCGCCGAUGAGCCCUGGCAGCCCUGAAGGCAGUCUCAACCGCUCCAUGUCGCGCCGCCCACGCACGUCGACGGGCACGAUUGAGGAGGCAGAGAAGUCGAUCCGCGGCUACCGCCACAUUGUGCAGGAGAUGACCUCUGAGAAUGCCCUGUUGAAGAGCAGGCAUUCGGACCUUGAGGAGGAGAUUGUCAUGCUCAAGGAGGAGAUCAAGCUGCUGCAGGACAUCAACGAGUCGGAUGCGCCGGCGAGCUCGGCGUCGAGUAAGGAACUGGCCGCCGCUCUCGCCGAGAUUGCUCGCCUGCAGGAGACGAUCAAGGAGCUCGAGCGCGAAGUCUCCGAGCUCGAAUCUCUCGUCGAGUCCAAGAUCUACCGCGAGGACGAGCUCGAGACGCACCUUCACAAGGCCAACCAAGAGCGUGACAACUACAAGGCCAGAGUCAAGGCGCUGGAAGCGACCGCGGCCGCGGCGUCGUCUGCACCCAACUCGCGACCCGUCUCCAUCGACCUCGGCGGCGCCAAGUCGCACGCUGCCAACGGCACCAACGGAAACGGCCACGGCAGCACCGACACGCGCUGCGAGCUGUGCGAAGGGCCGCACGACCUCGACGCAUGCCCCGUGUUCUCUGGCAGCACGCUCGAUGGCAGCGACAAGUCGUCGCCGCUGGCCGUCAAGUCUAAGAAGUGGUGUGCAGACUGCGAGUCGUCUGCGCACGACACGGCCGAAUGCCCCAUGGCCGACGACGUGUUUUAGUUUGUGGUCCACUUGUGUCACUUGUGUCUUUUGGGAUCUGGGAUUAUACCGCGUAUGCAUGCGAAGAUACAACUGGG